AUGGCUGGUACAAUGUUUAUAUGGGCAUAUGUUAUAACAGCUUCUUUGAGUGUCUGGGCUCAAGCGUUGGGCUCAAAGCAUGGUUAUGUUAACAAUGAGCCAAGAAUUUAUAGAAAUGCGAUAAAAGGAACAUUUGGUAGAAUGAUUGCUUCGCACCAAGUUGCUUUAGAAAAUGUUCCUGCUGUACACAUAAUGGCAUUAUCAUGCACUGUUUGGUUAUUUUCCUUUGCUCUUAUACCAGGAUUUGAAGAUUAUUACUCACAUGUCACUGAUGUUCUUAGUUUAUUAAAAGGUGUUUCUGAUGACGUUGUAUGGACUUUUGAUUAA